AUGGUAUCAGAAGAGCCAGUCUCUAACGAGUCUUCAAUUCCUAUAUUCACUAUGUCAUCUUCCUCAGCCCAAAAUGCCCAAAAUCUCAAUACCCAUCUUGCUUCCUCCACCGAAAUCCCUCUCAUUACUCUCAAUAUCACUACUCAAAUUAAUCAGAAACUCACUCCCUCCACUUUUUCCCAAUGGAGAGCCCAAUUUGAAGCUCUCCUCAAACGCUAUGACCUACUUGAUUAUGUCAUUGACAUUUCUCAAUGUCCCAAUUUGGAUAAUAAUUUAGUCUCAGCCUUACAAAAGACCCAUUGGGUUCAACAAGACAAGGUUAUUUUAAGAGCCAUUCUCACCUCUACCUCUCCUACUAUAACCCCUCUUAUUGCUACCGCUCAAACUUCACAUGAAGCAUGGAAGAAACUAACCUCUUUGUAUGCUAGCAGGUCACGGACAAGGGCUAUGCAACUCAAAGAGGAGAUUGCCUUAAUUCAGCAUGGAAAUCAAUCCAUUACCGAGUAUUUGCAUGCUAUCAAGGCCUUGGCAGAUGAGAUUGCCAUUAUUGAUGAACUAACUUUGUAUGUUUUGCAUGGUUUAGGUUUUGAUUUUCUUGAAAUUGCAGCACCAAUUCGAUCAAGGGAGAACCCACUUGCUUUUGAGGAACUUCAUGAUCUCCUUGUUGGCCAUCACAACUACAUGAGAAGGUUGGAUGCUACUACCUAG